AUGGUUCGGGGCCAUUUUGGGGAGAUUUUUGGGGAGAAUUCGGAGGACGACAAAAAGCGCGGCCGCUCCACUGACAGCGAGGUGGGACAGUCUCCCGCCAAGAACGGGGCCAAGCCCCUCCCCCACGGCCACGCCCCCUCCCCGGCUGCCCCGCCCUCAUUCCCCGCCCCCUCCUCUGGCCCCGCCCCCCUCAGCUCCGGCCCCGCCCCGGGGGCGGGGCCAGGCGGGGGCUCCCAACCCCCCCAAAACGCGGGAGGGCCCAAAGGGGGCGGGGCCGGGCCCGGAGGGGGCGGGGCUCACCCGCCGAGCUCCACCCCCACUCCCUACGCCCAGGCCGUGGCCCCGCCCCCGGCCCCGCCCCCCAGCGCCCCCCAGCCCCGCCCCCCCAGCGCUCAACAGGCCGGGAAACAGAACGGGGGCGCCACCAGUUACAGCUCGGUGGUCGCCGACAGCUCCUCGGAGCCGGGGCUGAGCGGGGGAGGGGCCCAGCCCCCCCUGGGGCAGCCCCCCGGGCACGGGACCCCCGGCAGCGCCCCCCCCCCGGGCACGGGACCCCCGGCAGCGCCCCGAAGGAGCCUGGCCCCGCCCCCGCCCCGCCCCCCGCGGUGGGCGGAGCCUCGGCAGGGGGCGGGGCCUCGCUGCUGGGCCCGCCCCUGGGGCCCAACCCCCCCGCCCAGCCCCUCCCCCCCCUUCCCCGAGCCCAAGGGCGGGGCUGGGCCGGCCCCGCCCCUCCUCAAUGGCCCCGCCCCCUUCGGCCCCGCCCCCGACAUCAAGGCCCCGGAGGCGCUGAGCAGCCUGAAGUCGAUGGCCGAGCGCGCGGCGCUGGGGGCGGGGCUGGAGGAGCCCGGACCCCCCCUGCACCUCGGGGAACGCGAGCUGCUGCUGGGGCCCGGGGGGGCUCCCCCCAGCUCGGGGGGCUCCGGGGGGGGCUCGGGGGGUCCCGGGGGGUCCCUGGGCGAGGUCAGCAUCCCGCUGUCGCUGGGGGUCUGUCCCCUGGGCCCCCUGCCCCUGCCCAAGGAGCAGCUGUACCAGCAGGCGCUGCAGGAGCCCGCCUGGCACCACAUGCCGCACCCCUCCGACUCCGAGAGGAUCAGGCAGUACCUGCCCCGCAACCCCUGCCCCACCCCCCCCUACCACCACCAGCUGCCCCCGCCCCACUCGGACACCGUGGAGUUCUACCAGCGCCUGUCCACCGAGACGCUCUUCUUCAUCUUCUACUACCUGGAGGGCACCAAGGCUCAGUACCUGGCGGCCAAGGCGCUGAAGAAGCAAUCGUGGCGCUUCCACACCAAGUACAUGAUGUGGUUCCAGCGGCACGAGGAGCCCAAGACCAUCACCGACGAGUUCGAGCAGGGCACUUACAUCUACUUCGACUACGAGAAGUGGGGGCAGCGCAAGAAGGAAGGCUUCACCUUCGAGUACCGCUACCUGGAGGACCGGGACCUGCAGUGAGGGGGGACCC